ACGUCUUUGCCUCUUCCCUUGGGUGUUUUUUUCCGGUGGAUCCGUGGACCUGUGGCUUGGCGAGGAAGUGGCUCCGUGUGAGGACCAUCACCCACAGCCUCUCGUCUCCUCUCUUUCAGUAAAGAAUAUCCCGUGGUUCCCAGGAGCACAGUCAGGCAGAAAGUCGCUUCCAGCCACAGUCCUUUCAGCAGCGAAUCUCGGGCGCUGUCCACCUCGUCCAACCUGGGGACCCAGUACCAGUGCGAGAACGGCGUCUCCGGCACCUCCCAGGACCUUCUGCCCCCGCCCAACCCUUACCCCCUGUCCCAGGAGCACGGCCAGAUCUACCACUGCACCAAGAGGAAAGCAGAUGAAGAUUGCCCCACCACAGACCUUCCCUAUAAGAAGCCCUACAUGGAGACGUCCCCCAGUGACGAGGACCCCUUCUACCGCUCCAGCUACCCCCCACAGCAGGGCCUGAGUGCCUCCUACAGGACCGAGUCAGCCCAGCGGCAGGCUUGCAUGUACGCCAGCUCAGCACCGCCCAGUGAGCCAGUACCCAGCCUAGAGGACAUCAGCUGCAACACCUGGCCUGGCAUGCCCUCCUACAGCAGCUGUACCGUCACCACCGUGCAGCCCAUGGACAGGCUGCCCUACCAGCACUUCUCCGCUCACUUCACCUCCGGGCCCCUGGUCCCCCGGCUGGCUGGUGUGGCCAACCAUGGGUCCGCACAGCUCGGCGAGGGCAUGUUCCAGCAUCAGAACCCCGUGGCCCACCAGCCGGUGGUUAGACAGUGUGGGCCGCAGACGGGCCUCCAGUCCCCCGGAGGCCUCCAGCCCCCUGAGUUCCUGUACUCUCACGGCGUGCCGAGGACACUGUCCCCACACCAGUACCACUCGGUGCACGGGGUGGGCAUGGUGCCAGAGUGGAGUGACAGCAGUUAAAGCGAAUCUUUCAUUGACAAAGACAUUGACCAUGGAGAGAGAGAGAGAGAGAGAGAGACCGUAGCACAGAGAACCCCACGGACAAGACUUUCUUAUUUCUUUGACCACGCCUGCACUUAAGGGCCCUUCCCCGGAUACCGGGCGAAUCCAUCCAUCGCUUGAAGCCACCAUUCGAAACAAUGUGAUGUUGCCCUUUUGUCUCCGGACUUGCAAAGCCAGCAGAAAGAAGAUGGCUUUCCCUACCCUUCGUGAACCCCACACUCAUCCGUGGCCACCUUCCUGCCCCCCGACCCCACCCCCAGAUGCCCCUUCCGACUUCCUUCUUAGGUCUCCCAAGAGUCUUUGCCUCAUCCAGUGCUUCUACCCAGGGUCUAGUCAGAGUCUCCUGCCUGUCUUGGUGUUAAUGUUGACGAUGUUAUAUAAUAAAUAAUAAUAUAUUAA